GGCGUGUUGGUGACAGGAGACGGUCCGGUGACACGCGGAUGCCCGUGUGGCCGCAUUAAUUAUUGUCAGCGACUGGGAGCGAUAUGGACGCGCGCACGAACGCAGCGUCCUGCCCUUCCACAUCUUGACUAGUGGGAGUCAUGAACCGCUGCAAGGUGACGCGUCCUCUGAUUCCAAUCGAAACUUCACCGCAGACGCCGCGUUAUUAAUCGCCGUCCGCGGCGGGGAAGCGGCUCCUUUCUUAUCGCACGUCGGGAUCGGGACCGUCUUGCGCAGUGUUACGGCGCACGGACGGACGGAGGGAGCGAGCGAACGGCGGCCACUCCGGGGAAUGUCGACUGGCCGUCAGCGCUGACAUCGGCCUCCUGAUCCGAGACAGCAGCCGAAUGGGGUAGAGUACAUAGCAUUUCUCACUGCCACAGCCGAGGCGUGCUAGCGCUCCGUGGACGCCGUCUCUCCUCACGCGUGGACUAACUUUCUUCUCUUUUGUUUUUCCUUUAUUUUUUAUUUUUUGUAAUGAGGUCUUGUGCCUGCUAGCAAGCCAGUAACAAAGUUCAGAUCCCGUUAGCUAGCGCCGCUCCGCCUGCAGAUGUGUGCUACGAGUAGCCUGGCGGAGACGUGGAUUAGCAUGCUAACUUAGCCGGGCACCGGGCUGGCGCAGCAAGUCCCCACUCAGGAGCGCGGGGGUUCACGUCGGGGGCGAGUGUCCUGAAAUUCACCCGACGGGAGAACUUAAAAGAGGCCCAGCGCCUGCUCAGCCCUGCGUUUUAUCGCGCUCCCUGCGCCGAUAAGAGCUUUUCCCACCCGCAGGUUCCAGUGUGGUCAGUGAAGUGUCCUGGGGAGUGUCAUGGCAGUGAGUCAGAAAAAUGAGAUGAGUAUUACCUGUAAGCAAUGUGACCUGCACUGACGAACACAGCUAUUCCCCAUUCCUGACCUCCACCUCAAUCACCAGCCAAUCAAAUGCAUCAAGACAAUAAACUGGCCAAUCAUGGCAAGCAGGUCACCAGCGACGGCAGGUCACAAAUACCCAGUGUAAACCAGCAGGGAGCUGCUGGCCACCUGGGCACCAAGGGCAUCGGUGCUGGCAGCCAUGCAGUCAAAGCCAACCAGAUUUCCCCCGGCAACCCUGGCCUGAAGGCUGUCAGCCAAUCGGCGAGCGGCGUUGGCGGGAUGCUGAAAACCAAAUCCAAGCGGGAGCGAAGUGUCUCCAUCGAGUCGAGAACUGUGGCUCCUCCGGCCCUGGAGGCAGAUGCCAAAGGAGACGGCGUCAUGCGCAGUAAGCGCCGUUGUGUUCUGGAGAAGAAACAGCCAUAUAGUGGCGAUGAGUGGUGCUCUGGACCCGACACAGAGGAAGAUGAGGACAAGCCACGUACUGCAGCCCACCGGGACCGUGGGCUGCCAGGUCCUAUCCAGGGCUCCAUGUCUAAUCCUGGGGGUCCUGUAGUGGGAUGUGGAGUGGGGUCAGGGCUAAAACCAGAGCCGCCUCUGCCUUCACAGCAAGUGGUGUAUGUUUUCACAACCAGGCUAGCCAACAGUGCUGCAGAAGCAGUCAUGAAAGGACAGACGGAUUCAAUUCUUCUGUUUCACCAGCAAAAUGUUCCACGCACCAAGUUGGAACAGGGCCACACAGGAAAAUUUCCUAACUUGUCUGAGAAGGUAAACUCCAGUACCUCUCCACUAACAGGCACCCCUAAAUCGCAAAGUGGAACUCCUCGGCCAGCUUCUGCAGGAGUUGGAGGCCCAUUGCACAGUGCAGGAACACCAUCAUCAGCAGGACACUCGGACAGUGAAUCCUCUCAAACUAGACCAGGCGGGCUUCCCAGCAAUAAUAGCCUUGCUGCCCAUAGGUCAGAGGGAGGGAGCAUCACCAAACCUGUAGCAAUGAGCACAGGGGACAUGGCGGGUGCAGGGGUUAUGCCUCUUCCUGUUUCUUCAGGUUCCCCUUCUGAGAAUCCCUCUGUCCUAUCUGCACACCUCCAAAGUGAUACAGGCCAAAGGGCUGGCCCAGUAAACACAGACGGUCUUUCCAAAGAGCAGCUGGAACGUAGGGAGCGCUCUUUGCAGACACUGAGAGACCUAGAGAGACUGCUUCUGCGCAGCGGGACAAGUGGCGGUUCUGUAGACACAGAAGUCGCCAACAACAGUUCUGUUACUAAUGCCUCCAAUCUGAAUAAUAACAAUAAUACUGAUAGGAAUGACAAUCUUGAAGAUGGUAACAAUGGUACUAAAAACCCUGGAAAUUGCAGUAGUGGUAAUCUGCUGUCAUCGUUGGCUCCAAUGGGAGUGUUAAAGAACUAUGAAGAACCUCUACAGUCAAUAAUGUCUCAAACACAGUCCCUUGUUGGGCCUGCUCUUGACAGCCCUCAGUUGAACUCUCACCAUAAUUUACCACCCCCUCAUCAUCAGCUGUCUUCUCCUGGGGUUGACAUGGGUCCCUUACUUGGACCAGAAGGGCUAACCCCAGAACAAAUGGCAUGGCGGAAACUCCAAGAAGAAUACUACCAGGAGAAAAGACGGCAACAGGAAAUGCAACCUCCCACUCAUCCUCAGCAUUUUAGAAUGAUGACUGAAAUGGGAAUGCAUGGAGGACCCAUGAUAAGAGGCCCUCCUCCUCCCUAUCACAGCAAGCCUGGAGACCAGCAGUGGGGUCCUGGCAACAUGAUGGGAGGAGGAAUGGGUGGAAAUGCACGAAUGUUGGAAAUGCAUCAAGAGGGGCCCCGAGGCCCAAGGUUCCUGGGACAGAUGCAGAGAGGGCCUCUUGGGGGAUCGGGGUUCCCUGGUAGUCCAGGUGGAGUUUUGUCAGUGGAGGGACUAAGCUCCCAAAGACCCACCAGACCAGGGAUGAUCUGGUUAGACGACAUUCCCAACAGUAUAGGUGGCGGAGGUCCUUUUCAUGGCUGUUAUCCUGGUGGACCGCUUCAGCACUUUCAAGGUGAUUCUGAGCAUUUGUUAACACGUGAGGAAAUGUUUCGCAUCAUGGAGAAACGACAAAUGCAAGGGCUUCCCAGGUUUGAGCUUGACAGAUUAGCCAAACAACAACAGCAGCAGCAGCAGCACAGCAACCUAGGCUCCAGAAUGGUCGAUAAUCCCGGGGGCCAAGACUUUACCAAUCUGGGAAUUGGUCGGGGGCCAGCUUCUGCUCGAGGUGAUCCAAUGGACUUUUCUGUCUCACGUGAGAUUAUGGGCUCUCCAGGAGGGGGUGGUCAGAUGGUGGAUUCUCCUAUUGGAAGUAGCCUUGCUAUGAACAUGAACCCUCAAAUGAAUGUUCAAACACAACAGCAGAUGAUGUUAUCUCAGAGGCUCAGAGGAGGGUCUGCAGGUGGGGGAUCUUUGGGUGAAAUGUUUAAUCCUGGUGAGAUUUUACGAAUCAGGGGUCAACAGAAUGGAAGAGUAGGGAAUAAGGGAAUGAUGCCAGGACCUGAUGGGCCAUUCCAGUUUACUAAUCAAGGUCCCUUCUCUGGAGGACAGGUAGAGGGUCCCUAUCUUCAGCAACCAGGCCCUGAUAUGUUUGGGCCUGACCAGCAAGGUCCUAAUCAGAUGGGAGGCACAUCACGUCUUAGUCACAUGCCAAUGACGGGAGGCCUCAGGGGAGCCGACCUUGGUCCCAGGCACCCAUCUGACCUAUCAAUCAGUGUAAAUCCCCUAACUUCUCCUUCUCAUCAACUCAAGUCCCCAUCCCUUAACCAGGAGCCAUCUCCCCUUCUACCGUCCCCCUCUGCUCCAGGUCUGAAGUCGCCUUCACAGAUUUCUACUUCAGUGCAUCAUCCCCCUCUUCCCCCUGCAUCAGGCGCUGGCACACCUUCCUCGUCCUCCAUGAAGUCUCCCCAGAUAAUGGGGGCCUCCAACCUUGGUUUGCACUCUCCAUCUGCGUCUCCUGGACAACUCAAGUCCCCAGCCAUGGCUGUGGGCUCUCCUGGGUGGUCAUCCCCUAAAACGGCUCUUCCAAGUCCAGGUUGCCCAACCAGUGGGAAAAUAGUUGGCAGUGGAGGCAGUAGUUCCACUGAUACAGGCCAGUCACUUCCCCCCAGGAGUUCUAACUCUACGCCGAUUAGCCAGCCAGGUUCUAUGAAUCCUACCAUGCCAUUUACGUCGUCUCCUGAUGCCCCUCCGUCGCAGAAUCCUUUAUCUCUUAUCAUGUCACAGAUGUCUAAGUAUGCCAUGCCCAGUUCUACUCCUCUCUACCAUGACGCAAUCAAGACAAUUGCCACUUCAGAUGAUGAGAUGUUGCCUGAUCGACCUCUUCUAUCUGGUGUCAGCAUUGGAGGAAACCUGGGAAAUUCCCAGACCUCCCAGAUACCAGUCUCCCAGGGCUCAAUUGGACCCCACAGUGAUCCACAAAGCCCAAUGGGUAUUGUAAGCCAGAGUCAGCAGCACUUGUCACAUGAUGCCUCAGGACCUGUGCUUUCCUCCCCAAACCAAAUGGGGAUGGCUGCCAUGAUGGGAGGAGGUGCACCUGAUGGAAUGGGGCCUUGCAACAUUUCACUCAUAUCUCAGAACCAGAUGGCAGGUUUUCCUCGAAUGCAACCGCCAUCACAUGGUCCCAUGCACUCACCUAUUGGAGGAAUGUCACAGAAUUUCUCUCAGUCUAAUGAAGAUAUUCUACCACCACAGCGGUUACAUUUGCUAAGCAAAGAUCAUCCUCAUCAACGCUCUUCAGACUCAUUCGCCUCUAUGCCCCUGGGUGAAGGCCCAGAUCUAAGUGAAGUAAUUCGACCCUCUAAUACAGGGAUUCCUGAGUUUGAUCUCUCCCGCAUCAUUCCUUCUGAUAAGCCCAGCAGCACUCUUCAAUACUUCCCCAAGGCUGAGCCACAUCAGAAUCCACAUCAGGGGCCACCGUCCCAGCAAGCUACUCCACAGCAGCUCUUCAAACAGCUUUCUUCUGGCCCCUCACACAGCAGCGGGCCAUCAUCUAACCCCCACUUGGCAAACCUACAGAAUAUGAUGGCUGAACAGCAGCUUCCACCUCACCCCUCACAUGGUGGAAUACGGCCAGGCAUUGCUCAGGGGGUCCCUAGAGGUAUGGUUGCUGGUGGAGGCAUGGGCCCCAUGUGCCCUCCAGGACAUAUGAUGGGAAGGACAGGCAUGUUGCCUCAGCAACAAUUCCAGCAACAGCAAGCCAUGAUGGCUAACAACCUUCUCCAUCACCCUUCCAAUCCAUACUCCGGAAUGAUGUCCCCCCAACAGCAUCCACAUAAUCUAAUGGCACAGCAAAACCUUAUGAUGAUGCAAGCUAAGCAGCGAAGCAUGUCGAUUCCUGGGGAUCCCUUUGGCCCCCAGGGUCCACUAAUGUCCCCUCAGGGUCCCAUGAUGGGUCCUCCCCAUCCACAGUCUGGUAUGAUGGGUCCCCAGUCCCUCAGACAGCGGGGAAUGUCCCUGGACAGUCCCAUUGGCUAUGGCUCUGGAGGUAUGGCCAAUAUGCCAUUCUGAUCCAGCUCAAACGGUUAAAACAAACUAAAAUCACAAGCUGUUCUACGUUACCUUCCCAUUGUGUCCAGAUUCCUUUCCAUGUUAUUCUUGCAGUUGUUUGAGAAGAGGACUUGUUUAAAAAAAAAAAGAUAAAUCUGUGAUAAUCUACACUUUUUGGAUUACAGCUUAUUAAAAUGUAAUAUUUAAAGCCAGUGUAACAGUUCAAUAAGAAAUCCGAAGCCAUUUUCUAAAAUACUGUAAAAUAUGUAUAUUUCAAAUAUGUAUGUAUGUAUGUGUUGUGGGAGCAGAGUGGUGGUCAGGAGUGGAGUGCCUCAGAUUUCAUUUUUUAAUAUCACUGAUUUAUUUUCUCCAACUACCAAACAUAAAUAUAUAUAAUAUAUACUUGCUGUACAUAAGAUGCAAUUUGUGAUUGUUUGCAGUUGGUCUGUAUAACUGUUUUAAUAGAAGUCUAAAGAUAGAUUAAUUCUGAUCUGAGGUGGUGUUAAUUUUGGUUACUAUGUUGUUAAUUACUGUUCUUUGGUAACACUGACAAUGGAACACAGUUGCUGUAUAAUACAUGAAAUCUUUAUUAAAUUGAAUUAGCAGUAGCUACAAUACAAGCAAAAACAUUUUGGUCAACAAUAAAUGACUGCGUAAAUAAAACACGUUUGAAACGCAA